CAGCAUUUCCAAACAGGACGCAGCACUUUCCAGAAAGCUUUCAGAGCAAGAACAAUCUUCAGCCAUGGCCGAGAGACGCAUUCCCUUCAGCUUCAUGCACGGCCCAUCCUGGGACCCUUUCCGCGACUGGUACCAGGGCAGCCGGGUCUUCGAUCAAACUUUCGGGAUGCCGCCCUUCUCUGAGGAGAUGCCCACUUUUCCGAGCACACACUGGCCCGGAUACAUUCGGCCCUUUGGAUAUCCCGAAAUGGCCUCUUUAAUGCAGAGCCCAAUGGCUCAGAUGUCGCCCUCUGCGACCAUGAUGCAUCCCCCGACCUACAGCCGGGCUCUUUCCCGACAGAUGAGCUCAGGAAUGUCUGAGAUAAAGCAGACACCGGAAGCCUGGAAGAUCAGCCUGGAUGUCAAUCACUUUGCCCCAGAGGAGCUGACGGUGAAGACCAAAGAUGGGGUGGUGGAGAUCACUGGCAAACAUGAGGAGAGGAAGGAUGAACAUGGCUUUGUGUCCAGAUGUUUUACCAGAAAAUACACUCUGCCCUCUGGUGUUGACUCUGAGAAGAUCACCUCCACUCUGUCUCCUGAGGGCGUCCUGACCAUUGAAGCUCCUCUGCCCAAACCUGCCAUCCAGGGCUCUGAAAUCAACAUCCCUGUUAACACAGGCAGCGCAGUGACUGCUAGCAGUACAAAGAAACCCUGAGCACUACGACACGCUCACACACACACACAGGCAAAUCACAAUGGUACUUUGAGCUUGUUCACAAAAGCAAAUUCAGUUUUAAUGUCUUUCAACUUCUAGUCUUUGUAUACUACAGGUAGGAGAGGAUGCAUUGCCAUAUAGCAUUCCCAUCUCAUUUAUUACAUCACUCCUUUUCAUCCUUGUCUCCUUUCUCAUCCUCCUCUCUUCUACUUGUAGUAAAUCACAACAAAUCUCUAGAAAACAUGCUCAUAUUUCAUCCCUAAAUCAAAAAGAUUAAAUGCAAAAUUAUAUUUGCAUUGCAACAUUAUUUUCAUGAAGAUGAAACAUUUUACCCCAAAUUGCAAUUAAAACAUAUAACAUAUAUAUACAUAUAUAUACAUAUUAAAAUAUAAUUUUGCAUAUAGAUCCUGGUAGAAUGUGUUUUACUGAAUUUAAUUAUAAGUAUUUUUUUAAAUAUUGUCUAGAGAGAUUGAUUUUAUUAAUUGAGAAUGUGAUGUUUUUGCACCACGGUAAUGUAAGAACUGAAAAUAAUGUCACAAUUCAAACUGUCCUAAUAUAUGGAUGUUCUAUAAGCAAAGAAAUUGUUUAGUUUUUUUCCUUUUGAUUUUGAGGUAAAUUAUGACUAUGACAUUUCUUCAGGAGCAGGAACUGCAGUUUUACCACAUGCUGGUUUUGCUACAGUUUUGCACUGUUUUUAACCACUGCCACACACAGUAAAAUGAUGUUUGUUUUCAUAAUAUUUAAUAAAAAUGCAAUAGUUACUCUGCCUGAAACUUAUGUCACCUCGUCCAUGUUAGCUAUUAGUUAAAGUUGACCAGCAGUCGAAUACUGUAGUUUUUUAACAAUUGUUUUAGGUUACAACAUUGCAGCCUUUUUAAAACCAACCUGUCUCCAUUCUUGCAUGAAACUUUUCACCAUCACAUCAAUUCCUGAUGGAUAAAAAGGAUAAUCGAGAAAAAAAAAAAAGUUUCAUUUUGACCUAUCAAAAAGAUAUCUCCAUACUGUUUAACUGCAGAAAGCAUAACAACAUGGUUUCCUCACAUCAGUCGUCUCAGCCAGUAGAACAGCAGGGACUGUCUUCAGAUUGUAUUGUAUUAUGAGGCAUUACAUAAUGUUUUAAAUGACUGCAAGGCGUUCCCAUCAUGAACUGUAUGUCUGAAUAUCCUCCUGGUAGAAAUUGUAAUAAACAUCUCCUUUCUGUAUUAUCUGGCA